CAGAGCUGAGCAAGUGAUGGAUGAUGAUAAACGGGAAUGAAAGAGAGGAGAAAAUUACUCAGUGGUGUUUGUUUUGCACUGAAUAUAUAAUUGUGAAAUGUGAACUUUUCAACAAAACAAUGGUGCUUCAUUUUACAUGUUAAAUCGUUGGAUUUUUUUUUCUUUCUUAUUAGAAAAAAUGACUUUAAAGACUAAAAAAAUUAUUCAUAUUCUUAUAAUAUUUUCUUGCAUAAGAGAAGCUUUCACUAGCGUACAUUUUUUUCAUCCGCCAUUGCUGAACAUAGAAGAUGAGUACAUUAAUGUAUCCGAAGUCGAUAGAACACUGGACAUCACGUGUGUUGGAAAAUAUCCAUUGUCUUGGAAAACUCCAAUAACCAGGGAUGAGAAUCGAAUAUCCAUAAACAUAACAGUCAAUUCUUCAGAAGCUAUCAAUAAGUACAAAUCUACAAUUACUGUUCAAAAUUUAGACUUCAAUGAUACAGGUUUUUACAUUUGCUUUUACGAAGGAACAACGGAUUUCACAUCUGCCGUAGACAAUACUACCUCAAUAUAUGUCUUCAUCAAUGAUCCUAUUCACUUGUUCCUUGAGAAUUCUGCCAUCAUAUCGGGUCACUUACUGAUUCCGCUCCUCCAACAUCGAAAGAGCGUCAUUCCGUGUCUACCCACUUCUCCAGACGUGAACGUGACCCUCUGGAAGACGGAGAGCGAGGAGGAUGUCGGUGAGAUGGUCCAAACAGGAACGGAUAUCACAUUUGAUCCAAGACAAGGAUUCCAUCUGCACUAUCCAACCAUCUACUUCAACGGCUUCUUCCAGUGCAGGGCCAUCCUGAAGGACAAUUACCAGGAGAUAAACCUUACCCUCUUCUAUAUGCCUGAUACCUUCAAUGAUCCCCAGCCUUUCAUUGACAGUUCAGGAGCUCAACAUCCUCUGGUCAACGGGACAUUCGUCUUGAAGUGCGUCGUCGAUGCUGAACCAGAUACCAGGUUGUUCAUAGAAUGGGAUUACCCGAACAAGAAUGUGAGUCUCGAAUACUUUUUUACAGCAACACAACAACCAAUCCAUGUGAACUUUACGACUGAUAUGAAUCUGUCAGAACCAGUAGUGCACCAAGCAGGCCAAAACGUGAAAUUCGUCAUAACCGUAGAUGCAUACCCAAGCAGCGUGUCCGAAAUCUACUGGUUGAAGGAUGGUCAGCUCCUUCAGCCAGACAACAGUCACUUUCGGAUAGAGACGAAGGAGAAAACGGUUGUCUUGGAGAUUCAUCACCUCCUACGCUCCGACGCAGGAAACUACACUCUGGUAGGAAAGGUUAAAGAUGUAGUCAGCAGCAUAUCCAUCAUUCUAGAAGUCAAAGAUAAGCCAAUUGUAUCUGUGAGGAAUGGGGAGUUUCUCUACAAGGUAGGGUCCCACCACACACUGGAAUGUCAUGCUGAUGGUUACCCGGCUCCCAUACUCUGGUGGAAAUGGAAACCUUGGAGCAGUUCUGUUUCCAGUUAUUCGUACGGAUGGCAAGACGUGGAACCAAACGGGAAUUUCCCGAACGGAGAGAAUGUCACCCAGGUGAAAAGUCUUUCACUGGUGUCAUACUUACAGGUGACGGCAGUACAGUCUGGACACUACCAGUGCGUCGCCAGUAACGUCAUGGGUCAAGACAGUGUCAUUACACCUUUUAUAGUCACAGAUGCAGAUAAAGGAUUUGAGAUAGAGCUGUCAGAAGCGAAGCCUGUCGAUAAAGACACCGUAGAUUUGAUUUGCAAAGUGAACACAUACAACUUCAGUGGUGUGGAAUGGAUUUGGAGACCUAUGGAUUCCAAUGGCGAGACAAAAUCUUUAUGGAACAUUCAAGAUGUGAACAUGAGCAACAGUACAACACCCUAUUCUCACUCUUCCACGAUACAUUUCCAGCCCAUUCAUCGGAACAUGAGUGGAGAAUAUGAAUGCAUUGCUAAAGGAGCGAACAACAACAAUUCCACGGAUUCCAAACACAUCCUCAUUGACGUUAAAGAAAUUCAGCCACCUAUCUUGAAUAAAACUAACUUGGGAGGUGGUAUCACCAUCUUAAUAGCUCCGGGAUCUCUCCAGGAAUUUUAUUGUUACAGUUACGGUGUACCAGCCCCGGUCACCUCCUGGAUGAAGGACGGUCAAAUGUUGGAUGCUGAAGGAGCGGAUAUAAGUGAAAACAAUCAGAGGUUAACCAUAAGGAAGGUCAUGGAGAGGGACGCUGGUUUUUACGAAUGCCUAGUCCAGAAUAGAGGUGGUACAAUCAGAGCCAACGCCACCCUGGAUAUUUUUACCGAUUCACACCAGUUAAUUUUGUUCCAACUUUUUGUUUCAGAAAUUCAGCCACCUAUCUUGAAUAAAACUAACUUGGGAGGUGGUAUCACCAUCUUAAUAGCUCCGGGAUCUCUCCAGGAAUUUUAUUGUUACAGUUACGGUGUACCAGCCCCGGUCACCUCCUGGAUGAAGGACGGUCAAAUGUUGGAUGCUGAAGGAGCGGAUAUAAGUGAAAACAAUCAGAGGUUAACCAUAAGGAAGGUCAUGGAGAGGGACGCUGGUUUUUACGAAUGCCUAGUCCAGAAUAGAGGUGGUACAAUCAGAGCCAACGCCACCCUGGAUAUUUUUACCGAUAAUCGAGAUGCCCUCCACCAAAAUGCUUUAACAACAGGAGAAAUUACAGCCCUGAUAGUCUUUGGAGUAGUCGCCAUUAUUUUAAUCUUCGUGGUCUCCUGCUUAGUGAAAAGGAUAAUGAAAGAAAAGAAACAAAAGAAGGAAUUGGGUUUUAUAAGCCACAAUGUCUUUGAAAGAGGCUACAUCGAUAUCUUCAACCCUAAUCUGCCGCUAGAAGAUCAGAUUGAUCUUUUACCUUACAAACACAACUGUGAAUUUCCAAAAGAAAGACUCAAAUUAGGUAAAACUCUCGGGCAAGGAGCAUUUGGACGUGUUGUCAAAGCUGAAGCAAUAGGUCUAGUGGAUGGAGAAGCAACGACUACGGUUGCAGUCAAAAUGUUGAAAGAUGGUGCUGAUAUGGAACAGAGGAAAGCUUUGAUAGCUGAAUUGAAAAUCCUCAUUCAUAUCGGAAAGCAUGUAAAUAUCGUCAAUUUGUUGGGAGCCGUCACCAAAAACAUAGGAAAAGGAGAACUUUACGUGAUCGUAGAGUACUGCUGUUAUGGAAAUCUUCGUCACUUCUUGCUGAAGCACAAAGGAUCCUACCUCAACCAAUUAGAUCACAGACAGUUAGAUGCAUCUCUGCCUGCUUCACCCCUCUUCAAAGACAACAUGCUUGGAAUGGAUAAUCCCACCUAUAGGCAACAAUCUCUAAAUUACGCCGACUUGGCUCAUCAUCAGGGUGUAAAUGAUUCUGGAACAGGCAUUUCCGUUUUUACGAGUCCAUCCGGAAGUACUACCACAAGUGAGAGGUACUUACGGAGUGCCUUUUCUCUUCCCUCAUCAACCGAAGACAACUGGAACGAGGAGGCAGGCAUCACUACCUGUGAUCUUCUAUGCUUUGCAUUCCAGUGUGCAAGAGGAAUGGAAUAUCUAGCCUCAAGAAAACUGAUUCACAGAGAUUUAGCAGCUAGGAAUGUCUUGCUAGCUAAAGAUAAUGUAGUGAAGAUUUGUGAUUUCGGAUUGGCGAAAGAUUGCUAUAAAUAUUCCAACUACAUCAAGAAAACAAGCGGGUUGCUGCCCAUUAAGUGGAUGGCUGUCGAAUCGAUUCGUGACAGAGUCUUCACGUCUAAAAGUGACACAUGGUCUUUCGGAAUUCUUUUGUGGGAAAUAUUCACCCUUGGUGGUAAUCCUUAUCCCGGCGUUGAAGUUAAUGAGGAAUUCUUCAAAAAACUGAACAAUGGGUAUAGAAUGGAAAAGCCUGAUUUAGCUCCAGAUAAGAUUUAUCAACUAAUGAAGAACUGUUGGUUGGACGAUCCAAAUCAAAGACCGGAGUUCGGUUACUUAGCAGAACAAAUUGGAGCAUUACUAGAAUCUAGCGUUAGAAAAUAUUAUGUGGAACUAAACGAACCUUAUCAAAUGAUGAAUGAAGAACUCUUGCUCAACAACAACGACUAUUUGCAAAUGGCGGGCAUGAAGAUGGAGGAAUAUACGAAUAUGGUUCCAGGGGACGAUCCUCCGGCGGUGAUACCGCUGGAGAGUCUGUCACCACAUCCUCCCGUCACCAACGUGACUUAUCUCAAUAUGACAGCAACCAAUGAAGAUUCAGACUUCUAUCAGUGGAGGACAAAAGAGGACAUUCCCCACUAUGAGAAUGGUGAUUCAACUUCUGAACCUCUGUUAAUAAAGAGAAUGCCAACUUCUUAAAACAGAAAGGGAUUGCUCAUUUAAGAAAGAAACUGCAUUUAGGGAAUAGAGAUGCCCAAACUAGAUCAGCAAUCCAUCAUUUGUUUGCUAAUGGCAAUCAAUUUGCCAUAGGAUGGAGGGCAUCUCUAUUUCGAUAGAUCCAUGCUGAAUUCCAUUGAUGUAAAAAUCAUUAAAAAUUAUUUUUCUGUGCUUAUUUCAAAUUAAAUGAAUUUUUAAGUCAAAAUUGUAAUUUAAAUAAUCAAAAAUAUAUUUUUAAUAAUUUGACAAGAUAAUCAUUCGUAAGGAUACAUAUA